AUGCUUCGCGCCUGUGCGCUGCCGUUCCACGCCCGCUGUGCUCUGCCGUUCCGCUCCGCAUUCCGCUGCGCGCACAGCGGCCGCCGGCGUGGCAGCGCGCCUCCGGCGCCUCAGCCGUUCCGGCGAGGAGGCGACCGCCGGACCGCCGACAAGCUGCGCGCCUCGCAGAAGCUUCCGCACCGGGAAAGGCCAAUCAACAACCAGGACAUUGGCGAGCUCAACCUGGUGUUCCUCGGCACGGCGAGCGCGCAGGCGACGACCUCGCGCGCGCAGCAGUCCGUCGCGCUGCGCGUGCAGAACGAGACGUGGCUCUUUGACUGCGGCGGGCAGACGCAGAUGCAGAUGCUGCGCGCCGGCAUCGCGCCGCUGUCGGUGACGCGCAUCUUCAUCUCGCACAUGCACGGGGACCACGUCUUCGGGCUGCCGGCCGUGAUCGCCAUGUGCGCAAACUCGUCGAUGCAGCAGGUCGAGCAGAUGUAG